ACUACAGAGCAGGGGGGAAUUUCGCUAAUCUGAAAUCUCGAGUCUCAAUCCAAAGUAGGAAUGGAGGCUUCUUCUGUCACCGAAAAUUCUUCCACUGGCAAUGACCACGACCAGGAGCAUGUUUUGAAUCAUGGAGGCACGGACUCGAACCCUGAGAUUAAUCGAGAAGAAGAACAAGAACGAGAAGAAGAACAAGAACAAGACGAAGAACAAGUUAGGCGCACACUGCAAGUUAUUUCCACUACUGGGAAUUUUUUGCAUAAUUGGGAUAAACUGAAGAGCAUGCUAUCCUUUCAAUUGAAACUGGUUCUAUCGGAGUAUCCUGAGGCAAAAAUGACAAUUGAUGAACAAAAUGCUUCACUAGGUGAAACUUACCUAGGGUUGGUUACACGGCUAGAUGAAGAGCUUCAUUGUUUCAUCGAGGGCCCACCGUUUACCCUUCAAAGAAUCUGUGAGCAGAUCUUACUUGCUGCAAGAAGCAUCUAUCCAAAACUCUCGAAGCUUGCCCUAGCACUAGAAAAGAAUUUGCUGGUAACCUCUGCAUUGACGGCCUGCACCAAACCCUACCCGGAAACGAUGCCACCAGAUCCAGAACCAGAAAAGGCAAGUGAAGAAGCUCAACCAGAGCCUAAUUCGAUCCAAAAUGGGGUUGAACCUAUGGAAGGAGAGAGGGAUGAGGUAAUGACAGAGGCGGAGGCCGAUAUUGAAGAGAUGACCAUUGAUAUGGAUGCCUUCCAAGAAAUUGUGGGACCAUCCGAAGCAAAUUCCACAGCGGGCUGAGAAUUCUUAGGUCGAUAAACACCUCAAAAUUUUAAAGCUUUCGGAUCCGCAUGUUGCUCCCAUAUAGUGGUGACUACUCUGUUGUAUUUAUGCUACAAUUUUGAAGGAACCUUGAGGAAGAAAGCAACAAUGGGUCAGGGAAUUUGAUCCUUUAGAGGGAUGGAAACGAAUAUUUUCCCUCCAUGCUAUAUUUGUAAGAUUGUGAACAUGUGACAGUGUAUUUGUUGAACCAUUUAGCGUGCAAGUGUUUUUAAUAG